AUGCCUUGGGGAGAAUACGAGUUGACUAGUAUACCUGGUAAUUUACUUUGGAAUACAACAGGAAUCACUAUACUCGAUUCAUCACAAAUAACAUCUGCUCGAGGUCUAUACAUUGACUCAAAUAAUACGUUAUAUGUAACAGAUGCUGGUGUCGUAUGGAAAUUAUUGAAUAAUACUACAAAUGCAACAAUUGCAGUUGGAAUUAGUCAGUUACCCGGAUCGAACAGUACUCAGUUGAACUCUCCUCAAGACGUUUAUGUUGAUAAAUAUGGUAACAUGUAUGUAUCCGAUUUUUUAAAUCAUCGCAUACAAAAAUAUAUCAACGGAUCAGCAGAUGGAAUUACGGUUGCUGGUUUAAGUGGUACACCAGGAUUUGAAUUAAAUCUGUUGAAUAGUCCAGCACGUUUUACUUUUGAUUCAACAGACACAUAUUUCUAUGUCAAUGAUUAUGGCAAUAAUCGUACUAUGAAAUAUUUGACGAAUUCAACCACAGGCAAUAAUGGAUCUCUUGUAGCUGGCGGAGACGUAGGUAAUAAUUCGAACACAUCAUUGAACGGGCCAGGUGGUAUCGAUUAUUUGCCAUCUAUAAGUGAUACGUUAUUUAUAUCAAACUUGCUUGGCCACUCAAUAAUACGGUGGAUACCUGGUGCUUCUUCAGGUUUCUUCGUCGCCGGUGUACCAGGUGUCGCAGGUUCCAAUUCGACUCUCUUAAAUCAGCCGAGAGGUAUUAAACUUGACAAAUAUUUAAAUAUGUAUGUUGUUGAUAGUGGUAAUCAUAGAGUACAACUUUUUUGUGCUAACAAUCAAACUGCUAUCACGGUUGCUGGUACUGGCAUUGCGGGUAAUAGUACAACGGAACUCAAUGGACCAAGAGGUGUAGAAUUCGAUGCAGAAAUGAAUAUGUAUGUUACCGAUUCAGGUAACAUACGUGUCCAAAAAUUCCUCAGACUAUAA